UCCGUGCAUUUAUUGCGCGCAAUGGUAUUAUAGUACACAUUGUGAAUUUGUUAUUUUUAAUUCAAUUUAUUUAUUUUGUAAGAAGUCAUGGACGGAAAAAUGACUUCUGCGGAUUACGAGCAGGUUGCCAGAGAAAUGCGAGCGUGGCUCAACUCACAACCACAUCUACCUCAAGAUGUCUCGGACAACAUGCUGUGCCGCUUCGCUCACAGCUGCUACUUCAACACGGAGAAAGCGAAAGAGGCUGCCGAGACAUUCUUCACCAUGAGGAGAGAUUACCCACACAUAUACACCGACAGAGACCCUAGAGCACUUCAUAUGCAAAGAUUUAUUAGCGGCAUUAACAUAGCUCACCUGGAUCUUUCAGCACAAAGAAAACUUUUUCUGUGGCAACUGAAAGAUCCCAGUUUAGAACAUUACGAUUUUACUUUGGACGCCAAAUUCCAUCUCCUAGUCAACGACUGCUGGUUUCUCGCCAAUGAGGAAAGAUUUUACGAAAACGACAUUCACAUGGUGGCAGAUUUCAAGAAUCUCGUCAGCUUCAAAAUGGUUUUUAAACUGAACAUGCUAACAGCGAGGAUUUUGGCGAAAUAUCAGCGGGAAGCAGUACCAAUACGUCUGAAACAGCUGCACUUUGUGAACGCGUCGUACAUGUCCAAGAAGGUGUUCUCGGUGCUCAAGCCUCUGUUUAGCAAGGAAACUGUCAAUUUGAUACAUUUCCAUGAGCCGAACUCGGACACGCUGUUCGAUUUCUUCAGUAAGGACGAGCUACCCUCAGACUACGGUGGCACUCGACCUUCCAUGGAAACCUUAAUGGCUGAAACUAUGAAACUCCUUGAGGAAAAAAGGGAUAUUGUUCUGAAAGAAGAAUUCUGGGUGGUGAAAAGUUCUUAGAAUGUAAUUUAUGCUAAUAUGUACCUAACAAAGGCUGGCCAAAUUUUAAUAAUUAUAAUAUCUUCUCCUGUUUAUUUUGUUAAAUUAAAUACAAUAAAAUACAUAAUAUAUUAUGUUUGUCACAUAUGACUUGGGCGUACCACGACGCAUCCAUUUUCCUUGGAAUAUAAUUCCUAACAAUUAUAUAGUAGCAGAUUGUUAUGAUAUUAUGUGUGCUGAGGAAAUCACCUGUUAUUAGAUAUUGACCCCAUGACGAUCAUGCAGACAUAGUAUUGUCAACAAACUACAUGAAUCUCAAGGUCGUUGCUGCUUACUAUGUUUAUUUAUUUCCUUUUAGAAUUUGUUGUUGUUGUUGUUGUGUUUGUUGUUUUUCGCCCCCGUAUUUACCAAAUGAUAUUCUCCGUUUCUGUAUUCCGAAGUCCCGCUCCCGAAGUCCCUAGGUAUCUCAGGUAUCCGUACAUUUUCGCGCAAUGGGCAUUGUCCAAAAAAAAUCACAUGUACUUUUUAUAAUU